UAUGGCCGGGGGCUCCCCCGAGCGGGAGCCCCCGGAACCCCCCAGCCCCCCGGCGGGAGACCCCCGGGAGGGCGGAGGCGGCGGCUCCCAGACGGACCCCGGAGGCCCCGGCUCUCCGGCCCCUUCCGGCUUGGCAGGGGCCGUCCAGCCCGAGAGGGGGAGCGAGCCGCCGCUGGAGAAGGGGCACAAGAGGAGCGAGCGGGCGCGGAGGUCGGAGGCCACCAAGGCCGAGACCGUGGACUCGGCGGAGAGCAUCCCGGUGUCGGACGAGGACUCGGACGCCAUGGUGGACGACCCCAACGACGAGGACUUCGUGCCCUUCCGGCCGCGCCGCUCCCCCCGCGUGUCCCUGCGGGCCCACGCGGCCUCCCGGGCCGCCGCCGCCGCCGCCGCCCGCUCGGCGGGCGCCAAGAUGACCUGCGCCCACUGCCGCACGCCCCUGCAGAAGGGGCAGACGGCCUACCAGCGCAAGGGCCUGCCGCAGCUCUUCUGCUCCGCCUCCUGCCUCACCUCCUUCUCCAAGAAGCCCGCCGGCCGGAAGGCCUGCACCUUCUGCAAGAAGGAGAUCUGGAACGCCAAGGACUCCAUCAUGGCCCAGACGGGCACGGGCAGCUCCUUCCACGAGUUCUGCACGUCCGUGUGCCUGUCGCUGUACGAGGCCCAGCAGCAGCGGCCCGACCCCCAGCCGGGCGAGGCCCCCGCCGAGACCACGGCCCGCUGCAGCGUCUGCCACAGGGCCGGGGAGGUCCUGCACGAGGUGAGCAACGGCAGCGUGGUCCACCAGCUGUGCAGCGACUCCUGCUUCAGCAAGUUCCGGGCCACCAAGGGGCUGAAGACCAACUGCUGCGACCAGUGCGGGGCCUACAUCUACGGCAAGGGCGGGGGGCCGCCCGCCCAGCAGCUGUUCCACGAGGGGCAGCAGAAGCGGUUCUGCAGCGCGGCCUGCCUCGGCGGCUACAAGAAGAAGAACACGCGUGUGUACCCGUGCGUCUGGUGUAAGACCCUCAGCAAGAACUUCGAGAUGCUCCCCCACGUCGACAGGAACGGCAAGACGGGCCUGUUCUGUUCCCUGUGCUGCACAACCUCCCAUAAAGUGAAGCAGGCCGGCCUCGUGGGCCCCCCGCGGCCCUGCAGCUUCUGCCGCCGCAGUCUCCCGGAUCCCUGCUACUAUAACAAGGCCGACCGCACCGUCUAUCAGUUCUGCAGCCCCAGCUGCUGGUCCAAGUUCCAGCGGUCGAGCCCCGAAGGCGGCCCGCACCUCACCUGUCACUACUGCCACAGCCUCUUCAGCACCAAGCCCGAAGUCCUGGAGUGGCAGGACCAGGCCUUCCAGUUCUGCUGCCGGGACUGCUGCGAGGACUUCAAGCGCCUGCGCGGCGUGGUGUCCCAGUGUUCCCACUGCCGCCAGGAGAAACUGCUCCACGACAAGCUGCGCUUCAGCGGCGUCGAGAAGAGCUUCUGCAGCCAGGGCUGCGUGCUCCUCUACAAGCAGGACUUCACGAAGAAGCUGGGCCUGUGCUGCGUGACAUGCACCUACUGCUCCCAGACAUGCCAGCGCGGGGUGAGCGAGCAGCUGGACGGCAGCACCUGGGACUUCUGCAGCGAGGCCUGCAAGGACAAAUACCUGCUCUGGUACUGCAAGGCCGCCCGCUGCCACGCCUGCAAACGCCAGGGCAAGCUGCUGGAGACCAUCCACUGGCGCGGGCAGGUCCGACACCUGUGCAACGAGCAGUGCCUGCUCCGCUUCUACAGCCACCAGAACCAACCCAACCUGGACACGCAGAGCGGCCCCGAGAGCCUCCUCAACCAUCAGUCUCCGCCGGAGCCCAGACCCUCCACGCCCGCCGCGCCCGCCCAGGCCGGAGCGGAUCACGGCCCCCCGGUGAGAGGCGGGAGCGGGGGGGACGGGGUCCCCCACCCCGGCCGGGGGCGGCCGCCAACCUGCGACUCCCCCGGCCGGGCACAGCUCUCCGGCAGGACCCGCUCGGCCACGCAGCCGCCCCCGCCGCCCCCGCCGCCGCCGCCGUCCACGCCCCGGAAGAACAAGGCCGCCAUGUGCAAGCCGCUGAUGCAGAACCGCGGGGUGACCUGCCACGUGGAGACGUCCUCCAAGGGCUGCCAGACGGAGGAGGAGCAGAAGCCGCCCCAGGUGAUCGUGCUGCCCAUCCCCGUGCCCGUCUUCGUCCCGGUGCCUAUGCAUCUGUACUGCCAGAAGGUGCCCGUGCCUUUCUCCAUGCCCGUGCCGGUCCCCGUCCCCCUGUUCCUGCCCACCACGCUGGAGAACACGGACAAAAUCGUGGAGACCAUCGAGGAGCUCAAAGUGAAAAUCCCGUCCAACCCCCUGGAGGCGGACAUCCUGGCCAUGGCGGAGAUGAUCGCCGAGGCCGAGGAGCUGGACAAGGCCUCGUCCGACCUCUGCGACCUGGUGAGCAACCAGAGCACGGAAGGCCUCCUGGAGGACUGCGACCUCUUCGGCCCCGCCCGGGACGACGUCCUGGCCAUGGCGGUCAAGAUGGCCAACGUCCUGGACGGGCCCGGCCAGGACCUGGAGGCGGACUUCCCCAAGAACCCCCUGGACAUCAACCCCAGCGUGGACUUCCUGUUCGACUGCGGCCUGGUGGGGCCCGACGAGGUGUCCGCGGCCGAGCAGGACCUGCCCCGGGCCAUCCGGAAGGGCCAGAAGCGACUGGUGCUGUCCGAGAGCUGCUCCCGGGACUCCCUGAGUAGCCAGCCCAGCUGCACCCCGGGCCUCAACUACUCCUACGGGGUCAACGCUUGGAAGGCCUGGGUCCAGGGCAAGUACGCCGGCGGCGGCGGCGGCGGCGGCGGCGGCGAGGCCGGCGGCAAGGCCGAGGAGCUCCGCUUCGGCCCGAAGCCCAUGCGGAUCAAGGAGGACAUCCUGGCCUGCACCGCGGCCGAGCUCAACUACGGCCUGGCCCAGUUCGUGCGGGAGAUCACCCGGCCCAACGGCGAGCGCUACGAGCCCGACAGCAUCUACUAUCUCUGCCUCGGCAUCCAGCAGUAUCUGUUGGAGAACGGGCGCAUGGUGAACAUCUUCACAGACCUGUAUUACCUGACCUUCAUCCAGGAGCUCAAUAAGUCCCUGAGCAGCUGGCAGCCCUCCCUCCUGCACAACAACACGGUGUUCUCACGCGUGGAGGAGGAGCACCUCUGGGAGUGCAAGCAGCUGGGCGUCUACUCACCCUUCGUCCUCCUCAACACCCUCAUGUUCUUCAACACCAAGUUCUUCGGGCUGCAGACGGCCGAGGAGCACAUGCAGCUCUCCUUCGCCAACGUGGUGCGCCAGGCCCGCAAGGGCGGCGGCGCCCGGGGCGGGGGGGCCCCCAAAGGGGCCAGCAUCCGCUACUACGCACCCCCGGUCCGCCAGAGGAAGGGGCGAGAUGGGGGCGCGGGCAAACGGAAGCGGGAGGAGGAGCAGCUGCCCGUCCUGGAGCAGCGCGAGAACCGCCUCAACCCCCUGCGCUGCCCCGUCAAGUUCUACGAGUUCUAUCUGUCCAAAUGCCCCGAGACCCUGCGCGGGCGGAGCGACGUCUUCUACCUCCAGCCCGAGCGGUCCUGCCUGGCCGAGUCGCCGCUGUGGUACUCCGUCAUCCCCAUGGACCGCGGCAUGCUGGAGAGCAUGCUCAACCGCAUCCUGGCCGUGCGGGACAUCUACGACGACCCGCCCCGCCCCGGCGAGGACCAGCUGGACUGAGGCGCCCGGCGGCGGGCACCCCCCCCCCCCCGGACCCCCUCGGGGGGCGGGAAGCCCACCCCGGGGGGCGACGGAAUCGCCGGGCGGGGGGCGGAGGAGCGGGCGGGGAGGCCUCGCCCCGUUGCCGCCGCCCGGGCCCCCCGCACCCACGACACCAAACACACACGGA